AUCGGUUCCAUACCAAUGAUUCAGGCGCCAAGCAAAUUACCAGAAGAACAUCGAGAACUCGCAGGUAACAUUAUGACGUUAUCGUAUACUACUGGAUUGACCAUCGAAUCUUUAUUGGCGUAUAUGAUGGAUGCCUGUCUCGGCCCGUCUGUGCAAGCUAAGGACGUGUGCGCGCAGUUGGCGAAUAGUCAAAUUUUGACGACCCCGCUCAGCAACGUGACGGCGAGCAUUCUGAUGAACGGGAUAUCUUCCACUUUGCCCGUCGUUGAAAGAAUGACGACGAUGCCGAAGGCGAAGACCACUGCCAAUGUGCUAACUACGAUUCUGAUGUCCACGUUAUUGUCGAAUAGCACCGUAAGCCUACUAAGCGACGAAGGGGCGCUGAAUGCGUCCACGACGGUCUUACCGAAGCUCUUAGCUAAUGUUACCACUUCGGCAAGUAACGUGAUUUUGCAACAUUAGGACGCAUAUGUUUGC